CUCUAUGAUUCUAUCCCCGUCAUUAUUCUGUCUCACAUUAUCAAAAUUCUAUUGAGUCUGUUCUUUUGUGGACAGGACAGGGGGUGGAAGUAGUGGAGAGACGAACGCCAAGGAAGGCGAAGGCGUUGCUCGCUGUUGUACCGUUCCCGAUUGCUGCUUAGUAGCGUCCUCGACAGUGAAGAGUCACUGGAAACGAGGCACAUUUGCGCACCCGAGCGGGGUGGAGGUUGAGCUAAGCAGCACGUUGAGCGUUUAGGAUGAGUGUGGCCAGAUCAUUGUUAGAUUGGCGAAUCACUGAGUCAGCCAUAUCCCCGUUGUCCCUCCAGCAAGAGAUUUGCCAAGUAGCUGGAUAAUUCCCACUGUCAUUGGAAUCAUUUCCAGUACUGACUAGUUUACUUUUGCCGAUACCAGCGUUUUGUACGUGGUAUUUAGGUAGCCAGAGCCGAGUUCUACCUUAGCAGUUUCCACUAUGGGUGCUGCUAGCUGCUUCAACACUGACCCUGUGAGUAGAACUGCUGCGCGGAAGAGCCGUGCUCUUGACAAGUCUAUCCGUGGAUGGGGUAAAGAGGAGCGCAGGAUUAUCAAACUGCUGUUGCUGGGAGCUGGCGAGUCCGGCAAGAGCACUAUUGUUAAGCAAAUGAAGAUUAUUCACAGCACUGGCUUCUCGGAUGAGGAUCGUUUGAACUUCCGCAAAGCAUUGCAUUACAACCUUGUGCACAGCAUGCGAGCGAUAGUGGAACACAUGGAUAUCUUGUCUAUAGAGUAUGGCAAUCCUCUGCUGGAAAGACGAGUGCAGGAAGAGCUAUUUGGUGACCACGUCAUGUAUUCAGACAUUCUCAAUCUCCACACAUUGAAAUUCAUAGAGUCACUUUGGAUGGAUGACGGUAUCCAGAAAUGCUUCCGCCAGUCAAAGCAUUACCACAUCAGCGACGGAGCUGGAUAUUUAUUCAAAUGUUUGAGACGUUUCAUGGUGGACAGCUAUGUUCCCACGGAAACGGACAUACUGCACAUCCGAGUUCGUACGACUGGCAUCAUCCAAACUGAUUUCCGCUUCGAGAAUGCAGACUUCCAGCUGUUUGACGUCGGUGGGCAAAGGUCGGAACGGCGAAAGUGGAUACACUGCUUUGAUGGUGUCACCGCCAUCAUUUUCUGUGCAUCCUUAUCUGGAUAUGAUACAAUGUGCGCCGAAGACGGCACCACGCUCCGGCUGCACGAGAGUCUGCAGCUCUUUGACCUCAUCUGCAACAGCUGUUACCUGCAGAAUUCCAGCAUGCUUCUGUUCCUCAACAAGACUGACCUUUUGCAGCAGAAGGUGUUCACGUCUGCCCUCAAGGACUGCUUUCCAGAAUACAGUGGCCAGCAGACCUUUGAGGAGGUGGCCACCUACAUACAGAUGAAGUUUGUCCAAUUGAACAAGACCCGAGGCGACGACCAAGUAUUUGUACACAGGACGUGUGCUACCGACACAUCUAUCGUUAAGAGGGUCUUCCAGGUGGCUGCUGAUACUAUCCUUCGCGAGAAUCUAGAACGCAUCGUGGCAUGACUGUUGCUGGAUCUAUUCAAACUCCCACAGUGAUGCUACACGUCCAGUUUGAGAAGCACUGCGUGAGCAAGACGACAAGGUAUGUGAAUAGGCUUGACUACUUGAGGUCUACUAUAGGGUUGAUAGAGACUUGAACACAUGGCGGUUUUUCUUCUUCUCUUUUGCUUACUUCAUGCAGAGAUCAGGUCAUUUAUGCUGGUAAUAAAUUACGGUUUCUUCCAUACCAUUUUCUUGAGCCUCCGUUUAGUGAUAGAACCAAAUUUUCUGGGUCUGUUUUCCAUGCAUGGUUUGCAUGUAGAGCAACACACGACACCUAGGCAGUGUGGAUAUUUUGCUCAGGACUUGUUGAAUUUUUUAGUUGUUAAUGUGCGGAACCAUCUACAUGAAGAUUUCUGUAUCCAACUGAGUUGUUGUUAGGUUACCGCCCACUUUACUGGUUCAUUAGCUUACCUCUGUCGCCGGUCCUUGAUAGAUUUUGGGUACACGAGGACCUAUUUGGGUCUUAACUGAGUUCACAUAUUAUACUAUGGUUUGGAAGCUGAUUUUAGAUUGUUUCGAACGAAGAGCACCUUGAAAUCAUAUGAUCGUGUGAAUCCUAUGAUAGUGUUGUUCUACUACGGUGUUUCUACUAGCACAACACACAGUGCCUAACCUUUCAGUGACCAGGCAUCUUCCUGCAGAUUGAAAAUAUCACCUACGCAGUACUUUGCAAUGCUUUUCUUUGUGUUUUACUGCAAAUAGCUGAGUGGCAAGCAAUAGUCAGUGCUUGUA